GCUUUCUGAUAAAGGUAGACAAGGGGGAACAAGAAUGGCAGGAGAGGGAGCAGAGUGGUGGAGUGAGGAGACGGUGGCGGUGGUGACGGGAGCAAACAGAGGGAUCGGGCUGGAGGUCUGCAGGCAGCUCGCAGACAAGGGGCUGACGGUCAUUAUGACUGCUCGGAAGCCGCAGGAGCAACUCUCAAACGCUGCUCAACAGUUCUUACAAGAAGCAGCAGAAACGGGGAGGAAGAAUGUCAUCUUCCACACUCUGGAUAUUACUCAACAACAAAGUGUGUUGGAUUUCGUCGAUUGGUUGAAGCUGACUGUUGGAUUCGCGGAUAUUCUGGUAAAUAAUGCUGCUAUUGACAAUUCAGUGAUAGAUUGGGACUUCAAAAAAAGGAACAAUGUCGACCAAAGCACUAUCCUGGCACUUCUUACAAGUGCAAAUGGGGUCUCGAACAAAUACGAGUUGGCUAGAAGCUGUCUGGAGACCAACUUCCAUGGAACAGGGAGAUUGACCAAGGCUUUGCUCCCUCUCCUGCGCCCCUCUUCUCACAAGCCAAGGAUUGUCAACGUCUCAUCCAGAUAUGGACUACUGUCUCUUCUGAGGGAUGAAGAGUUAAGGAAGCAACUGUGUGAUACGGCGAACUUAACAGAGGAAAAAAUCGAUGAGGUGUUGGACAUGUUUCUUGAAGAUGUGAAGUCUGAGAAGGGCAUGGACAGGUGGCCCAUUGAGUUUCCCACUUACUCCAUCUCCAAGCUUUCGUUGAAUGCAUACACGAGGCUCUUGGCCCUGCAAUUGCAUGACAAAGCUUGUGUCAACAGCGUGCACCCUGGCUACGUGAGGACUGACAUGAACCUUGGCAAUGGCGAUCUCUCUCCGGCGGAAGGCGCCGCCAAUUUGGUGCGCAUUGCUCUCCUCCCUCCCGGCGGACCUUCCGGCCACAACUUCCUUGAAGGCGAGGAUGUUGAGUUUUAGUGAUCACCAAAUAGUUUUUGGCAUUCAAUCCAAACUUGUGGUGUUUGUUUCAUUUGUCUUUCUUCAUUUUUUGUUUAUUUUGUGACGCAAUAUUUGCAGUUUCAUCGUUUAAAAAU